AUGGGUAUGGUUUUUGGAAAGAUUUGUGUUGAAACGCCGAAAUAUGAAGUUAUUCAAUCCAAAAACGACUACGAAAUUCGGAAAUACUCACCAUCAGUUAUAGCCGAAGUCACAUACAAUCCCACCCAAUUCAAAGGCGACAAAGAUGGUGGAUUCACUGUUUUAGCCAAUUACAUUGGCGCACUGGGUAACCCACAGAACACCAAGCCGGAAAAGAUUGCUAUGACAACUCCGGUCAUAACGAAAUCAUCAGAGAAGAUUGCCAUGACUACACCGGUUGUGACAAAGGCAGGUGGGGAUGAGGGUAGAAUGGUGACUAUGCAGUUUACAUUACCGGCGAAAUAUGGGAAGGCGGAGGAGGCGCCGAAGCCGGUGGACGAGAGGGUGGUGAUAAGGGAGGAGGGAGAGAGAAAGUAUGCGGUGGUGAGGUUUAGUGGGGUGGCAAGUGAUGAAGUGGUGGAGGGGAAAGUAAGGGGGUUGAAGGAGUGGUUGGAGAGAGAUGGGCAUAAGGUGGUUGGGGAAUUUGUGUUGGCUAGGCUAUUAGGCUUGACAACCGGUAGCUAUUUUGCUCCACAGAUGAACCAGAAACAGUCAUCUUCCAGUGAAUUGAAACCUGACACUAAUCAUAAGGAAGAUGGUGAGCUGAUCUGUUAG